AUCGAAUGAAAAUCUACUUGGAAUUCCCUUUAACCUAUAAAAAUAGCUUGUGUUUUUACUGCUUCUUUGAUAUAUUUUAAAUAAAUAUUACUUGCAGUUAUAAUGAAUAACUACUUUACGGAAUAUGAAAACCUGGAGGUACACGAGCUAAUGCUAAAAGAUCGUCCACGACAAGAGGCCUAUCACAAUGCCAUAUUAAAGAAUAAGGAAUUGUUUAAAGAUAAAAUUGUAAUGGAUGUAGGUGCUGGCACGGGAAUUCUUUCCGCGUUUUGUGCCCAAGCUGGUGCUCGCUUGGUUUAUGCCGUGGAAGCCUCCAAUUUGGCAACUAAAGUGGCUCUGGAUUUAAUUGAAGAAAAUGGUCUUACCGAAAUUGUUAAGGUCAUACAUUCGCAAAUAGAGGAAUUCGUUUUGCCGGCUACGGCUGAUAAAGUGGAUAUCAUUGUAUCGGAAUGGAUGGGAUUCUAUUUACUGCACGAGGGCAUGUUGGACUCCGUUCUCUAUGCUCGCGAUCAUUUCCUUAAACCAGAUGGGCAAAUGUUUCCCAGUGAAUGCACCAUUUAUGUCUCGCCGUGCUCUGUUCCAUCUCUUUUCGACUAUUGGCAAAACAUAGAUGGCGUAAAUAUGGAACGAUUUGCCAGCAAACUCCGUUUACAAAAAUCAACAAGACCGGAAAUUGCACAUCUAAAGCCCAAAGAUUUGCUUCACGAGGGCAUUGUAUUCCACUGGAUGAACUUGCUUGACGUGGAUGCCAAAGAGUUGGAUGAGAUACGCUUCAAGGAGGUGGUAUCCACACAGACUGCUGGCAAGCAUCAAGGAUUCUGUAUAUGGUUUGAUGUACGUUUCCCUGGCGAGGAAUCUGUGACACUGAGCACUUCUCCACAUGCACCGGAAACCCAUUGGAAACAGUGUGUUGUUGUUCUUCCAGAAGAGAAUUGUGAAAAUCUAGAAGAGAAAUCUCCAGUAGCAUUUCAAAUAUUGAUGAAACGCAAUGCAAAUGAUGCCCGAAAGUAUAAUCUGGAAGUGGAACUGCUCGAUCCCAAUGUGGAAGAACAUCCAGUGCCCUGUUCAUGCCACAUGACAAAAUGUAUCCUAACUGAAGCUCACCUUAAGAUGAUGGACACUUCAUAGUGUACAAAUCGUAAUUGUUAAUCAGUGUGUAAGACGUAGAAAUAUUCAAUUAAACAACACAUACAAUUUUAUUUACCUCAGUCAAACUUAACAGCUAUACCAUUUUUUAAUAUCUAAAAAUAUAUAAUUUGCAAAAUAGCUUUAAUUAGCGCCCAAAAUGUGGCAUUAGCCUAAAAGCCGUUGCAAUCGGCAUUGAAGCUCCUUGAGAGAAUGCUGUAAACGGUUCGUGUCCGGCUUCUGGUAACAAAUAUUCAAGCACGCCGCAACUAUGUCUUGUGCCUUGCCCAAUAUCCGUCUCCUGAUAACAAGAGUAAUCAUUGUAAAUGUUAAAGGGCAACAAUAUUUUAAUAUUACUUACUUGGAACGGUACCAAAUGGCUUGUGCAUUGUCAGCCAGAAGCGUAACCACUCGUAUAGCCGACUGUAUUAAAUGCCAUUCAUUGCCUUCGUUUGCCCAGAUGCGUUCAUUCAUCGAGAUCAUUCUAAUUAAAUAUUUGUUAUGUUAAUAAUGAAAAUUUAUAAAUAAAGUCGCUACAAUCACUAA